CCCUCCCGGCCCCCCCAGAGCACCAGCAGCCAUUUCAUCUCCACCACCACCACCACCAAGUAGGCGCAAAAAAUGGCAGAAAUGGAGAAAGAAGGGAGACCUCCCGAAAAUAAAAGGAGCAGGAAGCCGGCUCACCCGGUGAAGCGGGAGAUCAACGAGGAGAUGAAGAACUUUGCUGAAAACACUAUGAAUGAGCUUCUUGGCUGGUAUGGUUAUGAUAAGGUAGAACUGAAAGAUGGAGAAGAUAUUGAAUUCAGAAACUACUCAGCAGAUGGGGAAAGCCGCCAGCACAUUUCUGUUCUCAAAGAAAAUUCUUUGCCAAAACCAAAAUUACCUGAGGACAGUGUUAUUUCACCGUACAAUAUAAACCCAAGCUACCCAGGGCUUGCCACAGGAAAUGGACUAUCAGACUCACCAGCAGGGUCGAAGGAUCAUGGGAAUGUACCUAUUAUUGUCCCAUUAAUUCCACCACCUUUCAUAAAGCCACCAGCAGAAGAUGAUGUGUCAAAUGUACAAAUAAUGUGUGCCUGGUGCCAGAAAGUUGGAAUCAAGCGCUAUUCCCUGAGUAUGGGAAGUGAAGUGAAAUGCUUCUGCAGCGAGAAGUGCUUUGCAGCUUGCCGAAGAGCAUAUUUCAAGAGAAACAAGGCUAGAGAUGAAGAUGGACAUGCUGAAAAUUUUCCCCAGCAGCACUAUGCUAAGGAAACUCCAAGACUUGCCUUCAAGAAUAACUGCGAACUACUUGUAUGUGACUGGUGUAAGCACAUAAGACACACAAAAGAGUAUCUCGAUUUUGGGGACGGGGAAAGAAGGCUUCAGUUCUGCAGUGCAAAAUGUCUCAAUCAGUACAAAAUGGACAUUUUCUACAAAGAGACACAGGCCAAUCUUCCAGCUGGACUGUGCAGUACAUUACAUCCUCCAGUCGAAAAUAAAGCAGAAGGCACUGGGGUGCAGCUGCUGACUCCAGAUUCUUGGAAUCUACCGCUAGCAGAUGCUCGGAGAAAAGCCCCAUCCCCAGCGUCUGCAGCUGGCCAAAUUCAAGGCCCUGGACCAUCAGCGUCUACCACUGCCUCUCCGUCUGACACUGCCAACUGCUCUGUCACUAAAAUCCCCACUCCAGUUCCCAAACCUAUUCCCAUCAGUGAGAAUCCAAAUAUUCCACCAGUUUCUGUCCAGCCACCUGCUAGCAUUGUGCCUCCAAUUGGUGUCCCUCCUCGCAGUCCUCCCAUGGUGAUGACAAACCGUGGGCCAGUUCCUCUGCCCAUAUUCAUGGAACAGCAAAUUAUGCAGCAAAUCCGUCCACCGUUUAUUCGUGGGCCACCUCACCAUGCCUCAAAUCCUAACAGCCCUCUGUCAAAUCCAAUGAUUCCUGGAAUUGGUCCCCCACCAGGUGGUCCCAGAAAUAUGGGUCCCACCUCUAGCCCCAUGCACAGGCCAAUGCUUUCCCCCCAUAUCCAUCCCCCCACAACACCUACCAUGCCUGGGAAUCCUCCUGGCUUGCUGCCGCCUCCCCCUCCCGGAGCUCCUUUGCCCAGUCUUCCCUUCCCCCCUGUCAGCAUGAUGCCAAAUGGUCCUAUGCCUAUGCCACAGAUGAUGAACUUUGGAUUGCCAUCCCUUGCCCCACUGGUGCCACCCCCAACUCUACUAGUGCCAUAUCCUGUCAUUGUCCCUUUGCCCGUUCCCAUCCCCAUUCCCAUCCCCAUCCCUCACAUCAACGACUCCAAACCCCCCAACGGCUUCUCCAGCAACGGCGAAAGCUUCAUUCCGAGUACCUCCAGCGAGACGCCUGGGGCAAAGCCAACCAAUAGCUCUUCAUCCCCUCGAGAGUCAAAGCAAGGAUCAUCCAAAUCCUCUGACUCAUCACCGAGCUGCUCAGGCCAGUCCCUUAAUCAAGCUAAAGUGCUUCAGGAGCACAGUAAAAAUGAAGUUGUUGAUUUGACUGUCAGACCUUGUAGUCCAGCGAACAGUAAAUUUGGUUUCCCCAGUGUGCUACAGGGUCCACAGGACGGUGUGAUAGACCUAACAGUAGGCCACCGGUCUAGGCUGCACAAUGUCAUCCACAGGGCUCUACACGCCCAAGUGAAAGUUGAACGUGAACCCAACAGUGUUGUAAAUUUGGCUUUUGGUAGCUCAGACAAAAGGAACUGCAGUGACUGCAGGGACAACUGCAGCCCGGUUGACUCAAAAACGUUACCGUGCAGUGACGGAGCUCACUGCUGUCCCGUCUCCUUGGCCUCUGGCACGCCAGGACUGGAAGCUGGCGCAGCGGUGUGCAACGUCAUUGUGAAUGGCACAAAGAGCACAGAGGGUUCCAAGAACCCGGAGCCGCCCCAGGAGCCGAAAAAGCCCCAGUCCCCGGAGGAGCUGGCGGUGAGCGAGCUGGAGUCCGUGAAGGAGAACAACUGCGCCUCGAACUGCCACCUUGAGGGAGAGGCUGGCAAGAAGGCUGGGGAGGAGCCCCUGGCUGGGGGAGACAAACAGGACCCGAACCUUAACAAUCCAGCAGACGAGGACCAUGCGUAUGCUUUGAGGAUGCUGCCCAAGACAGGUUGCGUGAUCCAGCCUGUGCCAAAACCAGCAGAAAAGACUGCUAUUGCGCCGUGCAUUAUCUCAACGCCAAUGCUCAGCACAGGGCCAGAGGAUCUGGAGCCACCAUUGAAAAGGAGGUGUCUCCGAAUUCGAAAUCAGAAUAAGUAAAGGAUCGCUCACUGACAGGGUACCUUGCAUGGAGAAAGGGAGCAGAGCAAACCACGUCACUGCACCGAAUGACACCAGCUGGUCCGCUCACCACCCCUCUGGCUGAAAGUCCAGCAAAGAAAGAGCUUCCUGUCAUGAAGCC